CAUGAAAGCCUAAACCCAAGAAGAAGAAGAAGAAGGAGGAGGGGGAGGAGGUGAGUGAGACAAUAAAAACCUCAAAAAGAUCCAAUUUUUAUUUUUAUUUUUAAAAAAAAAAAAAGAGAGAAAAAGGGCAAGAUGGAAGGUCCACAGAUGAGAAAGAAAAGAAAAGCAAGAGAAUUUCAAUCAAUGUCCUUUUUUGAAGUGUAGAGAGAGAAAUGAAAAGGGGAGAGAAAAGUGGAGAAGGGGUAGCAGAAAAGGAGGAAAAUUUGGGUGAAAAGUUGAGUAGAACGGUAUUAUUGGUAGGGAAUAGAAGAGGGGGACCCUGUACUCCACUUCCCUCCUGGAAACUUUACCACCCUCCUCAUCAUAGCGGCACUCAACAUCCUCCCGCUGUCUCUGCAAGAAAGCUAGCGGCUACCCUCUGGGACUUCCACCACCACGACCACCACCACCACCUGUCCGCCUCCAAUAUGCAACGAAGUAUUAACAGCAACAAUGGCCGCCACCACCACCACCGCCAACGCAACCAUUUCAAGGAUAAGGGUAUUGAUCUUUCCCAAUUUUUGCAUGAUCAUUGCCCCAGUUCGGAUCCCGAUCAGCCAGAGAGUGCAAGUAGUUUGAGGAGGCAUAUUGCUCAAACACUGAUGCAACAUCAUCGAGCAAUUGAAAGGAGUAAUCAUGCUCUGCAGCCUGUAUCUCCUGCAAGUUAUGGCAGCUCGAUGGAGGUGGCACCAUAUAAUCCUGCAGCCACUCCUGACAGUUCCUUAGACUUUAGGGGAAGGGUUGGCGAGCCACAUUAUAAUCUAAAAACAUCAACCGAAUUGCUAAAGGUAUUGAAUCGUAUUUGGAGCCUGGAAGAACAACAUGCUUCUAAUAUUUCGUUGAUUAAAGCAUUGAAGACAGAACUAGGCCAUGCCCGUAUAAGGAUCAAGGAGUUGCUUCGCGAUCAGCAAGCGGACCGACAUGAAAUAGAUGGUUUGAUGAAGCAGAUUGCAGAAGAAAAACUAGCCAGGAAAAGUAAGGAACAAGACCGGAUCCAUGCUGCUUUGGAGUCUGUCAGGGAUGAACUAGAAGAUGAGAGAAAGUUAAGAAAAAGAUCAGAGAGCCUACACAGGAAGCUAGCUAGGGAGCUUUCUGAGGCAAAGUCUUCUCUUUCUAGUGCUUUGAAAGACCGUGAAAAGGAGAGGGAAUCAAGAAUGCUUUUGGAAGACCUUUGUGAUGAGUUUGCCAAGGCAAUUAGAAACUAUGAACAGGAGGUCCAUUUUCUGAAACAGAAAUCUGAGAAGGAUUGGACUGGAAAGGCUGAUCAUGAUCGUUUGAUUCUCCAUUUAUCAGAAUCAUGGCUUGAUGAGAGGAUGCAAAUGAAGCUGGAAGAAGCUCAACCUGGUUUUGCUGAAAAGAACUCAGUAGUGGACAAGUUAGGCUUUGAGAUCGAGACAUUCCUUCAAGCUAAUCGAGUAGGUACUUCUAAGCGUAAUGAUCAUGUGUUGGCAAGGGAUCGCCGGAACUCACUUGAAUCUGUCCCUCUGAAUGAGGCAGUAAGUGCACCACAAGAAGUGGGUGCUGAAGAUGACUCAGCUGGUAGUGAUUCAAAUUGUUUUGAGCUGAACAAACAAGGCAAUGGUGACCUAAAGCCAGAUGAUGAUGAUCAAGCGGUAAGUUGUCAUAUCGAGGAAAUAAUUAAGUCUAACAAUGUUGAGAAAAAGCCUGCAUCUCGUGAGAGGAUUAAAGGUCAAAAUCAAUCCAGCUUACAAGUUAAGUUUGAGGAAAAGAUGGCUUUGGCCAUGGCUAAUGGGAAUAAAAAGUCCCAAGUGGUUGAUACAGAACAGGAAAAUACCGGUGUAGCUGACGCAUCUGAGAUAACAGUUUCUAGGAAGUUUGAGAAGGAUGAAGCCACCCCAGACACUGCCCAAGAAAGGAAAAAUGAGCUUGAUGAGGUUCAUGGAGUGAGCUCAAACUCUGUAUUAGAUAACUUGAUAAGAAAUCAUGUUCCAUUGUCAGAAGGAGGGAGUAUGCAUUCCCAAAAUGAUCAUGGAACGUCAUCUUCUAGUUUCCCUGCCAGGAGGAAUCAGGCCAGCCCAGUAAGACAGUGGAUGUCAAAAUUCACAUCCCCAGAUCUUGAUGCAACUGAGUCUUCUACAAAGCUGCCUCCUGGACUAAAGGAGAACACUUUGAAGGCCAAGCUCCUGGAAGCAAGGACAAAGCCACCUCGCUCACGUUUGAAAAUUUUCAAGGGUAAGUCAUAGAACAAUUGAUUGGCUUACAGCAUUCUGGAUUUGGCUACUCCUGCUUGGUUUGCACUCUGCAGUCCUGGGAUCUGAAUAUUGGCAGUGAUGCUUCCUGAAUCUUAAUGAUGCCAUGUUAUGGUGUUCAUCUGUAAUACCAGAAUCUCAAGCAUGUACAUUAGUGUAAUGUCAUUAUGUAUCUACAUACGGGUACAGUUUUAUAUAAACCUUUGUAUAAUUUGAGGUUCCUUCCCACUUUUUUUCCCUCUGUUUUAUCAUGUUUCUCCCAAGCUAUCACUCAAUUUAUGUAGUCGAAAGAACAAAUAUGGAAUUUGUUUGUGAAUUUUGUUGGUUGAUUUUUUGAACUCUUUUGGAUGUAGAUAACUGUUGUUUGUUUGGUCUAUAGCUGCAGCUUUUGUUAAGUGUUUCAUCUAACUGUG